AUGAACAGGUCAAUGUUAUCAAUUUAGGUCGUCUGGUCUUUGUGAUUUCAUUGUUUUAACUUAUAUUGAAGUUACAGUACUAUAGAGGAUUUGCUCCUCUUCUUCAAACAUUGACAGCACAUCUUUACCAACUCCCAGGACCAUGGAAAACUCUACUCACUUUAAGGUCUUUAGGCUUGUUGCAUACGGUGAUAUCGGACAAUUGAAAUAUUUCUACUUUGCUGUAGUAACUGUUUUAUAUUUUGUCAUCAUUCUUGCCAAUACUUUACUUAUUGGAGUUAUCUGCAUUGAAAGAAGCCUUCAUGAACCUGUGUAUCUGUUUCUAUGUGCUUUGUUUGUUAAUCAGUUGUAUGGGAGCACUGGUUUGUUUCCUGCUCUCAUGUUUUACUUACUCUCUGACACACAUGAUAUUUCCCUUCUUUAUUGUUAUCUCCAGAUUUAUGUGUUGUACACAUGUGCUCUAACAGAAUUUAGUAAUUUAGCAGUUAUGUCCUAUGACAGGUACAUCUCUAUUUGUUAUCCUCUACAGUAUAACAAUAUUAUGACACCUAAAAUAAUUUCUAGCUUAAUUCUGCUGCCCCAAGUGUAUUCUUUUUUCAUCAACGCCAUCAUUAUCUCCCUGAGUUUGCGACUGCAAUUUUGUGGUAACAUUCUAGACACGGUGUAUUGUGACAACUACUCGAUAGUCAAGCUUGCCUGUUCAAAUACUACGCUGAAUAACAUAUGGGGUCUUGUUGUCCCUGCGCUCUCUUUUUCUUGUACUAAAUGUCCUACCAUAUACUCAUAUGUAAGAAUUCUACAAAUAUGUUUAAAGUCUUCAAAAGAGACGAAACAGAAAGCAUUUAACACCUGUAUACCACAUAUAGCCUCUUUGCUGAACUUAUUUGGCUGUUUAUUUGUGAUUAUACAAGGUAGAUAUGACACUGCACAUCUUCCACCUAUACUUCACACUAUUUUAUUGGUUUAUUUUCCAAUAUGUCCACCACUUUUCAAUCCUAUUAUGUAUGGCAUCAGGAUGGUUAAUAUCAGGCAGGCUUGUAAAAAGUUACUAGGCCGUCACACUAAAACAUAACCUGGUGGUAAUUUUUGUAACAUUUAAUUAUGUGUUUUGUUACUUAUAGUUGCUAUAAUUGACUGUACAGAUAUUUGUCAUUUUGGAAUAAUUUCUCUGUAGCCCAAAUAUUAUUGUAAAGUAUUGUCACAGAAUGUUUUGUGUCAUAUUAGCUAGUUAACUGCAUAACUACAGAGCAUCAAGGGGAGUGGCCCUCCCUACCUUCAAGCUGUGCUCAAAUAGAUGCUAAGUGGGAUCCUUGGGACGACCCUACACCCCAACCCGUUAUGCCUCUUCUGUUCUCUUGGCCCACCGUACAAAAAUAUUUCUACAAUAUAUAUGUAACGUUUGCUUACGUUAUCCUAGCAGUAAUGGCUUAUGACAGGUAUGUCUCCAUUUUUAAGCCAUUUCAAUAUCAUAGCAUUAUGACUCCUUCUAAAGUGAAUAUGUUGUUAGCCUUGGUACAACAACUUUUUGUGAUGACUAAGCAGUUGUUAAACGCUCUCGUGUUGAAAGUGCGCUGAUCAACCUGUAUGGUAUAUGUAUCAUAUAGUGUCUAGUGGUUUUACCUUUGGUGUUAGUUGUGCUCUCAUGUAAAGAUAUUGUUUGCUUGAAAGCCUCAAAGGAGUAAUGAACGAAGGCUUUUAAUGUGUGUACUCCUCACUAGAACAUAUUCAACAACUUCUCUGCAAGCCAUCUUUUUUCUGUUGUUUACAACAGGCAGAGGUUAAUGUAUUAAUAUCAGUACAGUCCAUUCUUUUCCCACCACUGGUACACCCUAUCAUAUAUGGUAUUAGGACCAAGAACAGAUCAGGACAUGUGUUACAAAAAUUAUAAGAAGAAAAAUCAAGAAAGUUCGGAAAGAUUUUCCUCAUUGAAAAUCUGAACCUAAACUUGGACCAAUUAUAACUUUAGAAAGUACAGCAGCAGGACAGGGUCCGGUUUGAAUCCCAGGAUUGACAGGAACAUCUGCCAGAACUGAAUGCUUAUACAUUUGUUUUGAUCA